GAGCAGCCUGUUUGGCUCGGGCGCCGCUGGAGGGCGCCAGCCCUCGCGCCGAGCCGCGGCCGGCGGGGCCAUCGCCGGGGGCCAUGCCGGAGGGGGCGGGGCGUGUGGAGCGCAAGCAGACACCUUUGUUCUACCGCCUCAGCGAGGCCCUGGCGGCCCUGGAGGCCUUGGACGAUGACGACGACGACCCGCCAGCGCCCCCGGCCAGCGGCGGCCGCUGCGCCGCCGCGGAGGCGGGCAGCCCAGCGGCGCCCUCGCCCGGCGUCGCCGCUGGGGUGGCCGUGCCCUUGCCCGCGGAGUUGUACAGGCAGCCGGCGCCCUCGGGCACGAGCGCCCUGGCCCGCGCGCCGACGGCCUCGCCGACGCCGCGCGCGGAGUCCCCGCUGCCGUCGCAGUCGAGGAUGGUCUGGCUGCCCGCGGACGGAGCCGCCGGGGCGCCGGCGCCCGGCAGCCCGUCGCAGGGGGAGCCGCCCGCGGCCCCUGGCUGGGCCAGCCCGCGCGCAUCGCCCCGCUGCGCGCAACCCGGGCGGAGCCCCGGGCCCAUCGUGCGGAUUGCGUGGAGCCCCGGGGCUUCCCCGGCGCCCACGCGGCCGCGCGCGACGCUUGGCUGCGCCAGCCCAGCUCCGGCCGCGCCGUCUGGGCACUCCCCCGUGCCCUCGAGUGUGCGGCGAGUGCCGCAGUGGCCUCACUCGCCGGCCCCAAGUGACUGCCGCAGCCUCGCCGCGCCCGCGCCAAGCGCGAGAAGCCGCGGAGCCCCCCCAGCGCCGCCUUCGCACGUCAGGGUGCGCUGCUCCUUGGCAGUGCCGGCAGGCCCCCCCGUCGUUUGCGCCCCAGCCUCGGCGUCGAGGGCGUCGUUGCUGCGGACGCGGUCGCCGUCGCUUGGCGCCGACUCGCCCUGCUGCCCGGCCCCGCGCCUGGGGAGACCGCUGGCAGUGGUCGGCAGCCGCGCCGCGGGCGGCAGCUGCGCCGCCGUCGCUGGCAGGCCAGCGCUGCUGCGGCGAUCUUUCGGCGCGCCCCCGCCUUGGAUCCAAGACGAGGCGGCCAAGAGGGGCGGAUCCGCCACGGUGCCAGCGGCCUGCGCCAGCAACGCUUCGGCCUCCGCCUCGAGGUGGUCGCCGCGCCAGGCGGCGGUGGCCUGCGGCGCUGCCCCCGCGCCCGGCCGAGCAGCCAUGGGUCUCUCUAAUUCCUGGGGGCCUGCCGCGCACCACGUCUUGCGCACAGCUGCCCUUCCCGAUACGGCCGAGGCGGUCCCCGCCGUGAGCACCGCCGUGCCAUCGGUCUGCGCCAGCGACGCGCAGACGGUUGCCGCGAGGUGGUCGCCACCUCGGCGCCAGGCGGCGAUGGCGCGCGUUGCCGUCAACGCGCCGUCGGGCGGGCCAGCAAUGGGCCUCUCCGGCUCAUGGGCGCCUGCCGCGCAGCAAGUCGUGCGCGCGCCAGCCCCUCCGGGGGAGCGUCCCGACGCGGCGGCGGUGGCUCCGGCCGUGAGCGCCUCGGCUACUGCAGGGGAAGGUGGGCGCGCCCAGGUCGUGCUCGUCUCGACAACCUGGGCUGGGCCCAGCAGCAGGGCACGGCGGCGCUACGUGGUAUGACGCGGGAGCCAAGCGGGGCGCGUGGCCGCAGGGCCGGCAGCGCAGCCGAGGGCGCCCGCGCGUCGUUCACGACUCAGCGAGGGGCUGCCUCUGCCUGCUCUUCUCUCCUCUCCCUUGUCAUCGCCGUCGUUCUCGUCCUCUCGAAGUGAGUGCGGCCCUGUCUUCCCGAACGGGCGGUGGACGAGCGGGGCCAGCGCACUCUGAAUUCGGCAGUCGCGGAGCAUCUGCAGCGCACUUGCCGCCGCCGCUGCUA